AUGUCUACUGGGGAGAUCCCCAAAGAAGCGGAGGAUGAGGAAAUCAUCGACGUGGGGGUGCUGAGUGAGGUGCAAGAGCAGACCUUCGAGGAGAUGAGACUUCCAGAUGACAUCAGGGAUGAGGCCAAAGAAUCGUGGGAAGCGUUCAUCCAAGCCUCCCGUUCCCGGGAUGCCGCAGGGGAAGCCAUCUACGCAGCCCUUUUCGACGCAGCUCCAAGCCUGCAGAGCCUUUUCAAGACGCCCAGGUCUGUGAUGGCCAUGCGCUUCAUGAAUGGUCUCAACAGCAUCAUGAAUGCGCUGCAUACUCCCACUGCUCUAAAGGUCAUGGUGGAGACUUUAGGCUUCCAGCACCUGGACCUUGAAGUGACCGUGCCUCGGGUGGUGAUCUUCCGUGAUGCCAUCGUGGAUCUCUUUGACAUGGAGCUUGGCCCCCGCUUCACCAGUAGAGCCAGAGCCGGCAUUGCUGCCAUCAUGAACUACGUCGGUGGGGCCUUCAUCUACAUUCGCAGAGAGUAUGCCGGGCGCAUACGGAUCAUCACAUCGAGCUGGAGAACGGCCAACAACAAGGCCGCAGAUAUCCAGGAGCUGCAACGUGCCACCUCGCCUGACGGCGAGGACCCCCCCGGGGAGCCGGCCGAGACAGUGCCAGGUGAAGCAUUGAAAAAUGACGUUCCAGCCACGGCAGAGCCUGGAAAGGAUGCAGCCAAUGGCGUGCGUGCCAGUGGCGAGGCCACACGGAUCCAGACGAAUGUCCAAGUGCCGAAAACAUUCAACGAAAUGUUCCUCUUCAACAGUGCUGUGAUGGGCUUUGGGAACAGCUUGUGGAUGCACCUGGUGCUCGAGCAGUUUGACAACAUGGUUUCGAAUGUCGCAAACUCUUACCGCGUUCAGGAAGAGUGCGACAUCCUCUCCCUGGUUCUCGCUCAGUACGAGGGGCCGAUCAUCCUUGUGGAGUUCAAAGCCGUGAUGUUGGCAUCAUUGCGCUCUCUAGUUCCCAAGGACUGGGAUUCUGCGCACGAGGUCGCGUGGAACUGGCUCUGGGAGAACAUCGAGCACAUGCUGCGAGCCCUCAUGGGAAAACCAGCUACGCAGCAACAUGCGCUUGAUCAGUUCAUCUUGGGUCUGAGCCAGGACCAGCUCACUUUUCUCAGGCGUGAGAUCUACAAGCGGUUUUUCACCCUGGCGCCGGCUGGGCAGGACUACUUCAAGCAGUCCACCACCAGACUCUAUUGGAUUGCAGACAAGGUGGUGGAGAUGACCACCGACAUGUUCAAGGAUCCAAAGCGAUUAGUGGAGGACAUCUCGGCCCUGGGCCUGCGCCACGUCGGCUAUGGCAUUCCCACAGAGUUCUUUGCCCCCUUCGUGUCGGCUGCCGUCGAUGCAGUUAAGACUAUGGAGGCUCAGGAGCUUGCGCAAGAUGCCUUCCGAUGGUCCCUUACCUUGGUCUCCAAGAUUCUGGUCCGCACCAUCUUGGAAGGAUCCACAAUUGUGAUGAAGGCCAUCAACACCAACGACGCCAAGCAGUUGCGAAAAGCCGUUUCAGUGGCCCCGCGUGGGAAGCGUGCGCAGGAGCUGCUGAACAUCACGGUGGGCACCAAGUCCAUCUCGCCGCUGAUCUGGUCCAUCGAAAGUGGCUCCCUCAUCACGGCCAAGGCGAUGCUGGAGGACCUUCUUGUGAUCCGGGCGGACAGGGACAACUACUAUUUCGGUUGCGACCACCUCUUUGAACGCCAUCCUGAGAUCAUCCAGCGGCUUUCCUUCGACGCCCCGCAGCUGCUCCCGACGCUGCUGGACGGGCUGAUCUGGCGCUCCCGGACCACCAUCAACGGCCAGAGACGAGUGAAUUACUACGUGAAGCACUUGAUCCAAGACGCUGAGGGAAACUUCAACCAGGCCUUGGCCUGGAUUGUCGAAGGACACGAUCCGAAGAUCAUCUGCCACGAUGUGGUGGUUCUCUUCUCGGAUUUGCUGUGGUCUGGCCUGGCUGGCCAUACGUUCCUGCUGGGCAGGUGCUACUUUCUGUUCACGCUUGCGAUCUUCAUCACUGGACAGUCCAUCCUGCAGCAAAUACGAGAGGACAUGCAGAACCAGACAGAUGGAGAGCGCAUCGCCAUCUUUGCAUGCCGCAUUACCAUCUACGUCUUUAGCAUGGGCGCCCUUCUGCUCAACCAGCUUCGACGCCUGAUUGCAGACAUUAGGGACCGCAACGUCGUGAAGCUGUUUGGACUGCUGCCCUUCCCGCAGUACUUAACCAACACGAUGCAGAUCGGCAACCUUGCGCUGAUGCUGUGCUUGCUGCUGAUGUGCACACAGGAGCCAAUUUUCCAUUGCUUGGGCAGCUCCGAAGAGGGCUUCAAGGACCUGAUCUUCCACCAGCACUGCCAAGCAGGGGAGCUGCGCAAGGAGGUCUACUCAACGAUCUCCAUGGUCGCCAUGCUCUUAUACUGGGCAUUGCUGUUGGACUUGACAAUUUUCUCGAUGCGAAUCUCUGCGUUCACCUUGGUUUGUGGCAGGGUUCUUAGCGAGCUUGGUCUUUUCUUGAGCUCUUUAGUCUUCCUCAUCGUGACGUUUUCGAGCUCGAUCGCUGCGCUGAACCACAGCUGUGUCGACUUCGAAAACAUCCCCACGGGCGCCUUGAGCCUGAUGGAGAUCUCCCUGGGCAUGUUCCCGAGCCAGAACUUCCAAGCGAUUCAAGAUGAGAUCUCGGUGCUUCUGACAGUGAGCCUCUUCAUUGUCGUCGUCAUCGUUUUCCUUCUGAACCUCUUAGUGGCGCAGCUCAACGGGGCGUAUGCCAGUGUCUACGAUGACAUGGUGGGCUACGCUCGCUUGACUCGCGGAGGCAUCAUCGUCUCGGCGCUGGAUGGGGUCUCUGCAAACCGCUGGCAGCGGUUCCUCUCCUCCUUGCUUUUCGAGGAGCGUCUCGAGUUCAACGAGGGAGAUGUCGGUCUUGCCGGUGGAAUUCAAGUUACGGAACCUGCCAAUGAGCACCCGACUACAGUGGAGAACAUCCGCCGCUUUGGAGGAUCCACGUCGCCAGCCAUGCCCUGGCCCGAGGAGGUGCACGGGGAUGAGGCCGAGGACAAACUGGAUCGGCUCGAGAAGGUGAUCCUACGAGCCACGAAGAAGAUCACCAGCAGAAGCAAGAAGAACGGAGCUGGAAGCUCUUCCAUGAGCGGAUCGCAGAUGAGCUCUACGUCAGAUAAUGAGAGCAGUGGAGCCGGUUCCGAGUGA